GCGGAUCAAAUUCUGCGACUCAUCAAGUGGUGAAAUGGCUGUACUCACUGAGUACGGCCGACACUCUGGUCAAUGGAUAGGCAUGAUAUUAAUUCUGGUGGUUUUCGUACCCUCUGCCACGGCGCUUAUCGAGGGACUGUAUUGUGGCACCGAGAUUUGUUACGAUGUGCUCGGAGUAUCGAGGGAAGCGGUUAAAUCGGACAUAGCCCGGGCUUACAGACAGCUAGCCAGAAAGUAUCACCCGGACAGAUUCUCAAGUCUUGCAGGCGAGACUCGAGAAAGUGCUCAUCAAAAAUUUCUGCUCAUUGCGACCGCGUAUGAAACUCUGAAGGAUGAGGACUCCCGUAGAGACUACGACUACAUGCUGGACAACCCUGAAGAGUACUACAGCCACUACUACACCUACUACAGGAGACGACUGGCACCUAAAGUGGACGUACGGAUAGUCAUUCUGGUCACUGUGGUUGCUAUAUCCAUUUUCCAGGGAGGCUACCAGAAGCCUAAAAUCUUGGACAUCCUGCUCUGUAAGAUUGUCCUGUUCCCUUACUGCCUGUGUGCCUAUGUGGUCUGGUACUGUAAGUGGCUCUACAGGUUCACCAUCUGCAGAGAGGAGUACGGAGACGAGGAGAAGMUGUACAUCAUCAGRAAGCACAUGAAGAUGUCUCAGUCUCAGUUUGACAGUCUGGAGGAGGAGCAGAGAGACACUUUACUGGAGAGGCAGCUCUGGAUCAAAGACAACUAUGAGGUGUACAAGGAAGAACAGGAGGAAGAGAUGAAGACGAAGAUGGCCCUGGAUCCCAGGUGGAAGAGGUACCGACGGUGGAUGAAGAAUGAAGGACCAGGACGGCUCACUUUUAUUGACGAUUGACAACAUGCCGAUCAAUAAUCACACCUGACUUGUGGCAAUAUAUACAGAUACACACUGUGUUAUACCGAUACAGUGCAUUGGGAAAGUAUUCAGACCCCUUCACUUUUUCCACAUUUUGUUACGUUACAGCCUUAUUCUAAAAUUG